CGGCACGUCAUCACGUCUCGCUGUUACCAUGGAGACGGAGUAAUCACAAGUUUGAGUCGUCGGAGGAAUUCAUGUUAAUAUUAAUAUUAGUUAAACACACAAAACAAGAUCAUCUAAAGAGUUGAUAUCUGUGGGACUGGAUGGAGACUGUACUGCAGUCAGACCUUGAGGAGCAAGUCAGACGUGGAGGGACACAGGAGGAGGAGGAGGAGGAUGACCGAGAGCUGAUGAAGCCGGAGGGGACUCAGGAGCUUCUUCUGAACUUGGACAAGCCAGACGAGCUGUCUCCUGAGUCCUACAGGGUCAACUCCCCCGACGAGGUCCGACUGUUGGCCAUCGCAGACAACUUUCAGCGUCAGUAUUCACACUUGUAUCCCGACCGCAAACCGCUGCUGCUCUGCCCGGUCAACGAAUGUGGUGUUAAGAAGUUUGUGUCUAUGACUCUUCGGCCCACAACCACAAUCUACCCUGACCUUUUCAGCUGGGAGGGCUGUGCCUCCUUUGUGGCUGACUUCCUGUCUCUGGACCCUUUGGACCCUCCUGCGGACCUGCCCCGCUACCUGUUCUCCUCCACCUCGGUGCUGCAGACUCAGAGAGCCACGUGUUUUGAGUUUGCCACCCUGCUGUGCAGCCUGCUGCUCGGCGCUCACUACGACGCGUACUGCGUCAGCGGCUACGCAGUCAGAGAGAUGUGUCUGCUCGACCAGAGCCUGAAGGAGUGCCCCCUGCUGGACACUGAGGUCAAGAGUGGGAUCUCAGAGCAGGAGCUGCAGGACAAUAAAUACACAGUGAAACCUCUGAGGGACCUGAAGAGUCACUUUUUGAUUCAGCAAGAGAAGAAGAAACAGGACGCCGAAGCUGCGCUGAUUCAGAAACAAAAACUUCUAGAGAGCGGGCAGCGGCCGGCUGACCCCCUGCGAGGACUGCGAGUGCACUGUUGGGUGCUGGUGCUGUCGGGGAGUCGGAGCGUCCAGGAGAACUUCUUCAUCGACCCUCUGACUGGCAAAAGCUACGCCACUGACGAUGACAACUUCCUGGGCAUCGAGAGCGUGUGGAACAAUCUCAACUACUACGUGAACAUGCAGGACUGCAGGAACGGCUGCGCUGAUAUGGUGUAUGACCUGGAAGAUUUAAAGAUGUGGGAGCCAAUCUUGUUCGGUGCAACCAGCAGAAAGCAGCUGAUUCUCGACGUCUUGAAGAAGAAGGAGAGUAAGAUGAUGAGCAAAAUCAACAAGGAUGAAGAGGAUGAGGAGCAGCCCAGAGUUUUUGAGAUGCCGAGAUCCUGGGUCAGUUACAUCAGUAUCUCAAAAAAAGACCUGGAGAAUCGCUGGCUGGGGGGACACAAGGUGACCUGGUACAGAAAAGCAAAGCUCGAGAAGUUUGCACCUUAUCUGAGGUCAGAGGGCUUGGUCACACGACUGACGGCAUACAAAGACCUGGACUGCACUAAGGUCGUCACGGUGAAGGAACAGUAUCAACACAGAAAGGACCACCUGGAGGAGAGGGAGAUCAACAAGGUCGACAACUUCACCACAGAACACUUCAAACGGGGACGAAGUUUCCACCUUUUAUUUCACAGGUACAUAUCCCGGAGCAUUGACACUGAGCGCGAGAUGGCGUUCGACAGUGCUCGUGCUGACAAUCUGGUGCGGCGGAUGGAGUUACCGGACGAAAUGACGGAGAUCUUUGAGGGCCGGGAGGACUUCCUCUACUACCGGCACGCCAUCUUCAGUCGACACAUCCGGUUUUCAGAUGUUCCUCAUAUUGUAUUCAUGCUUAUGUGCAUUUGUGUGUGCCAACAGAAAGUGGUGGAGCGUUUCCACAGGAACAGAUCCAAACCGGCCAGCGAAGACGUGGCCGAGCGAGUGUUCCUAUUGCCUCAAAGACAGAUCGAGGUGACCUAUCACUUAGAGGAUCACAGAUUCAUCCCUUCAAGGAGGAGCUUAAUGAAACCAGAAGAGUCAACGGAGCAAAAGAAGGCCGAGGAUUUCACACCGGACAUGGUCUCCAGCUUCCAGGUGGAUCCAUCUGAGAAACCUCUAAGCACCCUGACUCUGUGUGAGAUGCUGGCAACCUUGAUGAAGGAUGAAGAGAAGGUGCUUCUCCAAAUUGAAGAGUCUAAGAUGGAGGUGAAAGACAUUCUGGCCUGCAGAGAGCAGGAGGAGGGAGACAUUCAGCUUCACUUCUCACCAUGGACGACAACAGGAGCUGCCAAGGCCCGCAGUCGAAGACAGGAAAUGGAGCGUCUGGCUGCUGAGGAGCAGAAGUGGCUGCAGGAGAAGGAGAAGGACAUCCUGGCUCCCCUCCUGAUCCGGCUGGACAACACAGAGACUCUGAGAGCCGAAGACGCCAGGCAGAUCUACCAGGACUGUUUGUCCGAGUUCAAACAGAGACUGGUGGAGCAGGCCAACCUCAUUCAGGAACGCUACGAAAAGGAGACACAGGAGCUGCAGCAGAAACAGCAGUGGUACCAGCAGAACCAGCUCAACAUGACGGAAGAGCAGGAGGACGAGUACCAGACCUACUGCGCCGAGAAAACACUGCAAAUACACAUCGCCAAGAAACGGCUCAGCAUGCACAAGGAGGCAGCUCCUCAGAAGUACCGUGUCCUCGAUCAGAAGCUGAAACGAGACCCUCGAUUGACCCCUCACCUGCUCAGCUGAGCCACACACCUGCCCUCUUUAUAAUACAUCAGCUGCAUACUUUCCUCUCUCUCUUUCUCCCGUUGUUCUUUCUUUGUGCUCGCAGCCUCGGCGGAGGGCAGCUGUGUGUCUUUAUUAUACACUAUAAUCAACCACUGACUCGUCUCCAGUUGCAUCCAGACUUCAGAAUCAAGCUGCAGUUUACAGUUCAGAUAUUUCUAUCGGACUGGUUUUAAUAUAUUAUUAUCUGUCUGAGCAGCUAACGUAGAUACAGUUCAAAUAAUAAAGUUUAAAAGCAGAAUAA